AAUUUUGUAUAAUGAACUAAGAACUAAGAACGUGUGGCAAAAACAGUCGAAACCUAUAUUAAAAUCACUUUCCAAACAGACUUUAAAACAUUACAAUGGAGUCUCGAGAAAAAGAAAAAAAAACCCGCAUCCAAGCAGAUCAAGAUCGUUCCUAUGAUGGCGAUGCGUUUGUCAAUCUUUUUGCCCAUCGUGGAGCACGUGAAAUUCUUGUAUUAGACGGAAAUGGUUAUCCAUUGAGAUCGACUAUCAGUCAUCGUCGUACUUAUAUAUACGCCUCCUAUCUCAAACCCCUGACAUCGAUGGCACGUAAUGUUGUACGUGAUUUGGACCCCGCCAAUGAUGUUGUCUUUAUGCGUAUCCGUUCUGAAAUAAAUGAAGUUCAUAUCACAACGGGCAAAGAAUUCAUUCUGAUUGUUGUCCAAAAACUAAAGAAACGCCUAGAGAAACCAUCCAACAAAGUGAGCGGAUGAAGCCGAUCCUAUGGGAGACUGGCCAUACAUAUAAUUUAUUAUCCUUUUUUAGUAUCACUAAUUUGUUUUUCGCCAAGAUCAUUAAGUAUAGAAUUUACAAAGGUAAUAAAUUAUAAGAAAUGCA